GUCAAGAACGUCUUCUCGUAUGGUUUCGGUACUAGAUAUAUAUCCCGAGAAACCCAACUCACAAGAACAAGCUUAUCCCUCGUUCUGCAUCUCAUCAUCCACCUCGACGGUCCACAUUACUGUACAACAUAGCGUAUACCAUAUCUUUGUCCUUUGAUCCUAUCCAGACUGUCGGAUCCUCUACAUACAAAAAGUCUCUCUUUUCUUUCUUGAGACUUAACCUUGGCAACAAAAUCCUUUGCCUUGCACCACUCGCCAUUCGCGUCUGGCCGCGGCUAAUUUAAACGGCAAACUUCGUCCUAUAAGUAAAGCAACCAAACCUAACGACUUUUGUUUGGUCUUCGCAUCUUGAACCAACAAAUCUCAUCCCAUCUACACCACACAUCUCGGCUAAUAUGUGCACAUACCAAUAUAUGGACUAUAGCUGUGGUCACAGGAGGACCAUCGUCGCAGAGUGGUGUGGAAGGUAUAGGAACACCCUCCAGUCGCACAUCCGAUGUCGGCCAGAGAUACCCUACUACACCAGGAACGAUCAAAUAUGCUCUCAUUGCCACGAGCAGCUAAACCCAAGGAGUGUACCAUGGAUGCCCUCGCGUGAGGCGCGUGGCGGUUCUCGCAGUCCUCCUAGGGGCUUUUGAAAGCUCUAGAUCGAGAGACCAAACACAACAGAAAGAGGGGCGAAUUUUCAGCUCCUCCUAUCUUGUCUUCUUUUUUUUUUUUGUUCCUUCUCGUUUCUUCCCUAUUUCCUAAUGUGGAUAAUUAAGGGUGGGAAACAACAAAAGCACAGAACAAUCAUGGUGGCUCACGGCACAGGAUACCAAAAGAUUGCAUCAUCAGGCUGGAUCGAUUUCUUGUUUAUUUCUUUUUCGUUUUUUCCUGGUCUUUUUUAUGUUCUACCUCUCUUAUUUCUUCUUGUAUCAUGUACUUUUUUCCUUGCCUUUGGAAUUUCGCGAGGCGCAUGGAUUUUUGGACAAGCCUGGGAGCUUUGGAGUUUCUUGCUGUUUUUUUCACUGUACUUCUGUUCUGUCUUAAUCAGUUUCAAAUGGAAGAUACGCCAUCUCUUUGCUUGGACUUCAUAUCUGCGUCAUUUCUCUCUUCCAAACUACAUUUUCUGUUUUAAUUCCCCGCCAUGGUAACUAGCCUAAAAAAGAACACAGCGCGC